AAAGCUGUUGGAACACCUAGAAGUAGUUCUAGGAAGGUAGAUAUGAUGGUGUUUCGUGAGAUGAUAGCUAUGGCCAUUAUAGAGCAUGAUCUUCCUUACAAGUUUGUAGAGUAUAAGAGGAUUAGAAUGGCUUUUACUUAUGCCAAUUCUAGCAUUGAGUAUUGGAGUAGAAACACAGCAGCUUCUGAUGUGUUGAAGAUUUAUGAAAGUGAGAAGCAGAAACUUAGGAAAUUCUUAAAUGAUUUUCCUGGAAGGGUUUCUUUGACAACAGAUCUCUGGAGCGCUAUUACUAUCGAAGGAUAUCUCUGCUUGACUGCGCAUUACAUAGAUGUUGAUUGGAAUUUGCAAGCUAAAAUAUUGGCUUUCACCGCUUUUCCUCUGCCUCAUUCUGGAAUAGCCAUUGCUAUGAAGCUGGUUGAGCUGCUGGAGGAGUGGGGACUGGAAAAGAAGGUCUUCUGUCUCACUGUAGACAACGCUUCUUCGAAUGAUAGCAUGCAUAGUAUCAUGAAGAGACAGAUGCACAAAGAUCUGUUCUGCAGUGGAGAGUUCUUCCAUGUACGAUGGUCAGCACACAUCCUUAAUCUUAUUGUUCAAGACGGCUUAGCAGUGAUUGGAGGAGCUUUGCAGAAAAUCAGGAAGAGUGUCAAGUUUGUUAGAGGAUCAGAAAGCAGGGAAAGAAUGUUUCAAAACUGUGUUGAAACAGUGGGAACCGAGGUCGAAGGUGAUGAAGGUCUGGUCUUAGAUGUAAGCACACGUUGGAAUUCUACUUUCCUUAUGCUUUCUAGAGCUAUCAAGUUCAAAUCUGCACUAGGUAACUUGGCGGAUGUAGAACCGAGUUAUGUGAAUUGUCCCUCUUAUUCUGAGUGGAGGAGAGCAGAAGUGAUAUGCGAGUUGUUGAAGCCAUUUUCUGAGAUUACAAAUUUGAUUUCGGGUUCCUCAUACCCAACAUCAAAUUUGUAUUUCAAUGAAAUUUGGAAGAUUGAGUGUUUGUUGAGAGCUCAUGCAAAUUAUUCUGAUCCUGUUAUUUGUGAAAUGGUGAAGUGUAUGAAGCUCAAGUUUGAGAAAUACUGGGAAGAAUACAUUGAUAUCCUUGCAGUUGCUGCAGUUUUGGAUCCAAGACUGAAAUUUCACUUCUUAGAAUAUUGUUUCUCGGUUUUGGAUCAGUCUACUUGUAAGAGAAGGUUGGCUAAUGUUCGUUCAAAGAUCUAUAAACUGUUUGGAGUUUACAAGAAAAACCAGAGAAUCAGUAGUGCUGCAACAACUUCACAAGGAGAAAUACCCGAUGUUCCAGCCGGUUAUGGGGGCUUCUACGCCUUCUUUUCUCAGAAAGUUGUUGGCAGUGGCAAGUCUGCUCUCGACAUAUAUCUAGAUGAGCUAUUGCUUGACAUGGCCGCUUACAAGAAACUGAAUAUGUUACAUUACUGGAGAGACAACUCAGCUCGGUUCAAAGAGUUGGCAACAAUGGCACGAGAGGUUCUGAGUAUACCCAUAACAACUAUUGCUUCAGAAUCUUCGUUUAGCAUUGGUAGUAGAGUCCUUAACAAGUACAUAAGUUGUCUUCUACCUACUAAUGUCCAAGCCUUGGUUUGUACAAGAAAUUGGUUAAAAGGGUUUCCUGAAAUGGGUGAUGAGUCUGUUGAGAAGACAGAAGAGGAGAAAGAAGAAGAGGAUAAAGAGAAGGAGAAAGAAGAAGAGAGUGGAGAGUCAAUAGACUUGAAUUGAGGUAUGAUUCUACACCUUACUCAUUCAAGUAAAACUCGUUUACUUUCUUUGGAAAUGAGCACUUUUGAUAUGAAUUGAGCACUUGUGAUAUGAGAGAACAUUAUGAGAGCACAUUCAAUACAUUGAAAUGUUCUAGCUAUUGAUCUGAAGAUAAAUGAUUUAGUUUACUCUUGCAAGUUGCAAGUAACUUGUUUGAGUUUGUGGGCUAAUGAAUCUCAUUUCUUGUUUUGUUUUGGAUUCAGAAACCAGCAUUUUCAUUCACUUGCUGCAUGUCAUAACUGCUAACGAUCUGUAUCUUCAUCUGCAAUUGUCUUGAGAAUUUGGUGAAAAUCUGAGGUUGAAUCUUCUUUUUUGUUUGUUGUUGCAGGCUGCAAAUAAGAGGAGACAAAGUCACAAAGCUGGAACAAAGUGAAUUCAUAAACAGUGUUGUUAAAAACUUAAGUCUUUUGAGAUUGUUUCAGAUUUUCCAAUGUUGUUUAAAGUUUCAAAAGUUUACUACUCAAUUUUGGAUAUUUCUAUCAUAUUUCAAUGUUGUUUAAUAUUUAAAGUGAGUUUAAAUUGAAUUUAAACAUAUUUGGGCAAAUAUUCAAAAAAAAAGAAAAAACAGAUUUGGGUCAAUAUUUAAAUUGCUUAUAAUUGGGCGGGUUUGGAUGUCCAGUUGGGUGAUGGGUGUUAUUGGGUGUGGGUGUUGUUAAGUGUGGACUAAAUAUGGGUAUGGAUGUUUUGAACCCAGAAAAAAAAAACGCCCAGUU